AGUAGCAGGCGAAAGAGAGACAACGACGAUGCGGCGUAGCAGCUUCCGCAGGCGCCUCUGCGCGUCGAGAGGCUUUCGACCUCAUUUGCACCAAAGCCCCUGCGUAAUUUGCAAGUCCGCUGAAGCCGCGUAUCUUUCGGAACAGGGGACGAACUCUGCCGCGACUCAAGCGAGUUCUCUGAGGAAGGCAGCGGCGUCUCCUUCUUUGCAUACAACAACAGCAGCUCCGUUGUUCUCAUCAAAGCACCAAGGGGAGCCAGCAGCCGCGGCUUCGCUGGUGGAGCAACGCCGCGAUGCCUUGUUGCAGUGGCUGCAGACUUUUACUGUGAAUGGUCGACUUCGUUCUUCUACACGCUUCGCCGACAUUGAAACGGUCUCCCCUCCGUUGAUCACCAAUAGCGAGGAGUUUGAGGCCUGCUACGGCGCGUAUCUCCGCAGCGACGACGCAGAGGUAGAGGAAGAUCGCUACAUCGCGCUUCUGCAAACACUAGAUCAGCAAUGCAGUCGGGUGAACGUGACACAGCAAACUGCCGGCCGCCCUUGUGAUGGUCAACGGACAAGUUCUGCAACUUCGUCGUCUAUUCGGCUCCCGACCCGCUUGGUCGUACCGCUUGUUGGGACCAACACCGCAAAGGACACAGCAGCACAUUUGAAUUCCUCCACUUGUACUGAAGAGAGAGCAGGAAACGUCUUUGAGACACACGUACGUCGGCUGUUUCCUUCCGAUACCGCGGCUGUCGCCAAGCAGCUUGCGUUUCAGGACGCCCUCCUGUCGAUAGAAGAAGUUUUUCAUGCGCAGGGCAUUGCGUUCUUUCUCGCUUUCGGAACGGCGUUGGGUGCUCGACGGAGUGGCUGCUUCAUCCCCUACGAUGAGGAUAUUGAUUUGGGCGUCCUGUACACCGAGCUGUGCGCUAGUCCGCCGGAGCAUGCCGGAGGCGGGACGUCACCGGUGUCGGACCUGCAGAGGGUGCAAGACCGUCUGUUUCAGCUCAUCGACGCGUUGGCCGCCACCGGGAUCUUUCUCGUGUUCGACGUCUGCGGGGCUGUCGAAAAGGGGUUGGAGCUGCGCCUGUUGCACACGCCGACGAACACGCGCGUCGAUAUCAAUUUGUUCUAUCCGCCUGUGCCGGGCAGCGACGAUGUCAUCGUGCAGGCGGAAGGCCCUUUUCUGUGGGCAUCCUCAUUUUAUGAGGCUGCUGGCCGACGGGCGCAUCAGAUGUACCGCUAUCGUCACCAGCCCUUCGACAAGGAACUGACACGUCUGCCCUUCUGCACCCGAACGCCCGACGCGGACGGUUUCUGGGUGCCACCGGAGCGCUACCUGACGGAGAACUACGGAGCUGACUGGCGGACGCCGAAGCAGUACACGUACGCGGAGGGCCUCGCCAGGGAGUUCCACAAUAUCAUCGACGAGUGA